AUGGAAAUGCCGGUGGCUGUUGGUGUUUUGUGGCUGCUUCUGCUGACGGGUUCGUUGGUUGGAGCUAAUUUUGCCAGGGGAGAGGAGAAACUGGAGGCUCUUCUGGACACCGAAACGCAGCUUAUCGAUGAGUUGCGUGAUUACAUCGAACGUUUGGAGCUUCAACUCGAGGAGAUCCAAAGGGAAACCUCGGCCAUCGAGGAGAUACACAGUCAAGUUGAUAAUGUGGAGGAGUACAUGGGUAAUCCCCUGAAUGUGCUGACUAUUCUAAAGCGAUUUGAGAGUGUGUGGCCAAGAUUGGAACAGCAGGCCAAUGCCACCUAUCUGUUUGAUUUCGGAGAAGGUUACUCUGAUAGUGGUUUUACUUUGCCAACGGAAGAGGACUACGAGGAAUCCCUUACCCAACUGCUACAUCUCCAGUCGGUUUAUGAACUAGAACCCGCUAGCCUCUCAUUGGGCGUGGUCAAAGGUUUAAAGUUGGGCUCUGCCAUGUCCUGGGGCGACUGCCUGGAAGUGGCUCGCAAGUCAGACUUUUCGGUGGCUAGAUUUUGGUUGAAAACAGCUCUGGAAAAGCUGCCCUCCGCCUCCGAAAACUCCACAGAAUCGCAUAGGGAACGGGAAAGUGGUCGGUUGCAGAUUCUAGAAGCAACGCUAAACAUUGAAUACCGUGCUGGGGAACUUUCCCGAGCCUUGGCAACUGCCGAGCAGCUUCUGUUAUUGCUGCCAAUGAACCAAAAUGUUCAAAAGGCCAAGAGAAAGAUUGAAAAAGCCUUGGCCAAAAAGGAAUUGCCCAAGGGAAAGAGUCAAAAGUCGAAGAUAAAGAAACAAAAAUCCAAGUCCACGGAGCAGCUGCUAAUAGAGGAGCUUUGUCGAGAGGCUACUCAUGAAACUACUACAGGAAGUCGUUCCAACCACUGCCAUUUGGAAGGAAGUACGCCCUGGUCGCUUCUUCAACCUGCAAGGUUGGAGUUCCUGAGCUCAGAACCACAUAUAGCGCUGCAUCACAAUGUGCUGACUCCAAAGCAAGUCGAUCAGAUGCUGGAACUUAUUGAUGAGGAGGAGGGUUUGAAGGGAGUUACCUAUCAACCAUUAAAGCUAUCCAAAGUGGGGCAAAAGAAGCUGAGGAGGAUUCCCAAUCUCCUGGGCUACGAGGCAGCGUACCAGGAUCCUUGGAUGGCACGUCGCUAUGGCCACGAGCACACCACCAAGUUGGAGGAUAACGCGAAACUUAAACAUGCGGCACGUGCCAUGUUGAAUUUGCAGGCACCCGGAAUGGGCGGCGCCGUGGUUUUUCCGCAGCUGGAGCUCGGCGUGAAUGUCCCCCGAGGUUCGGUGCUCCACUGGCACACACGCUCCGCCGGAGGCGCAUCAUCCGAGUGGGACUACCGCACUGGAGUGGCAGUCUGUCCCGUGCUCCUGGGCGUCCAAAUGUCCGCGUGGACAGGACUCAAUUGACGUGAACAGCGAAACUGAUGGACUUUCAUGGUUUUUCCGAUUCGUG